AGAGACAUAACAACAAAAACAAAGUUAUUUCUGACUGGUAUACAGAUCAUUACAACUUACACAUUUAUUUAUUUUCAAUUCAAAAUAACUUAAAUCCAUUCAUUGAUUCUUGAAUUGACCCUUUCAUGUCUAGAAACUAAUUUAAAUAGCAAUUUAUUCAUUUUCUUGCCACAUCAAAGGUCAAACAUUUGUCCGACAGCCUUACGAGAGGACAUUGCACAUGUGGGUGCUUUAAUGUGAAGAUCCUUGUAAUACAUUGGAUAUGUUCUAAUAUAUUCAUAUGCGAGUGGCCGUUAUUGUACAGUGGAUAUAGCUUUACUGGUAAGUGUUAACAUUUCUACUUGCACAAGCUUUCGUUGUAGAAUCCUGACUCUUGUAGUUGCAAAGCCACGUGGGAAUUGUGGUUUUUCUGUUCAUUUGCUGAGACGCAGUGAAGCAUCGGUGUGGCAGAGGGGCACCAAACAGGAGAUGGCACGCUACAUGAAGGAUUACCAGGACCUGCUGAAUGUCAAGAUGGCUCUGGACAUUGAGAUUGCUGCAUACAGGAAGCUUCUGGAAGGGGAUGAGUCUCGCUUCAGUGGGGGCGUGUCCUCUCUGUACAGCCACAGUUUCUCAGCACCCUCCUACUCCCGGCCCCUCCUCUCCAGCGUGCGCUCCGGCACCUCCUACAUGAUGACAUCACGCCUGCUCAGCUCCAGCCUCAGCACCACCGAGGGAAUCAUCUUCGCCAGCCACGCCCAGCAACCAGAGGCCAGCCCACCUGGGGAGGAAGAGGAGGUGAAGGAGGAAGAGGGAGGAGAAGUGACAGAGGAGACCAAGGAGGAAGAAGAGAAGAAGGAUGAAGAGGGAGGAGAGGAGGAGGGAGAUAAGGAGAAAGAAGAUGAAGAAGGGGCUAAGGGAGAUGAACAGGCAGAGGGUGGUGAUGAGGAAGAGCAAAAGGAAGAGGUGACAGAGGCAGCUGAAGAUGACGGGGAAAAAGAGGACAAGGAAGAAGGACAGGAAGCUGAGGUCAAGGAGGAAGCACAAGAGGAGGUAAAAACAGAAGCAGAGGACAAAGAUGGGGACGCAAAAGAAUAAGAGAAAGACAAGAAGGAAGAGGUGAAGAAAAGUGAACAGAAGGAAGAUAAAGUGGACGCCAAGAAAGACGCCAAGAAAGAGGACAAGAAAGACGACAAAGCCGACGACAAAGAUGACAAAGCUGCUCCAAAAAUAGAUGACAAACCUGACGCCAAAAAGGAGAAAGAGGCCAAAUCCGAAGCUGCCGAAGAAAAAAGCACAAAGGGUAAAAAGUAAGCCAGUAGCCUCAGCAAACUUCAAUCAAGACCUUCCUUUAGCUUGACAACCAGUAGAGGCAUCUAUGCUAUGCUCUCCAGUCUGCUUUUGGUGCCCAAUAAAACAGUCUGAUAGCCAUUUACAGCAUUAAAUCAAGGUAAACUGCUUGCCAAAAUCCAGAGUAUUCCAUAAUGGUCUGUGUCUCACACUUCCUGAUGAGUCUUAUAUGUGUAAUUGCUGAUUGCCAAAGUGAGCGUGUACGUUUUUGGUGUUUAAAUAAACACCUCUUAAAGCCA